AUGACGGCGCCUCCCUCCAGCAACCGGCUGAAGCUUACUCCCUCCAAUUCACCUUUUCUCACCUCGCGACGGGCGAGAUCCCCGCUGCGCGGCCGACCUGUUUUCGAAUCCCGCCUUUCGCUCAAAAGAGUCGUCGGAACAACAUGUCGUUCGCCAACCGCCUUUGAUGCCGUCGGCGACUGCUUCGCCUACACCGCUGGCGGUGCCGUCGUCGUAGUGACUGUCGACGGCCAUCAGUAUACCCAACGAUUCUACCGAGCGCGGCCGAGUGUGGUUUCCCUCUACUCCGCCUCCCAGCAUGCGCCUUCUACACCGACGACAUCGACAGCGCCGAAAGCAAACGAUAGCCGCAAUCGAGCUACCGGCCAACGGGACUCUCACAGUGGCUCAGAUUGGUCCGACGGGCCGGCUCCUAGGACAUGGACCAGUCGUGAGCGCAUCAAGGCGGCCACCUGCUUGGGUCUAAGUCCAGAUGGCAAGUACUUGGCCGUCGGUGAGACCGGAUAUGCGCCUCGAGUUUUGAUUUUUAACCUUCAAGAGACAUCGUCUGAUGUUCCCUUGGUCUCAAUUAAUGAGCAUACCUUUGGCGUCAAUGCCGUUGCGUGGUCUCCAGAUUCCAAAUAUCUUGCCUCACUCGGCGCUGCCAACGAUGGCUAUCUGUAUGUCUGGAAAGUCGAUUCUCGCACCGGCCAUACAAAACUCUUCCAGCAAAACAGGUGCACAUCCUAUGUGAAGGACAUGGUAUGGCUGGGGAACUCUCUCAUUACUCUUGGCGUUCGUCAUAUCAAGAUGUGGAAGAUUGAUGAGAAUGCUGGGGUUUCUCCCACCAAGCCCAAAUUUGGGCUGGAUCACCCUCCCUUGUCGCCAAAUUCUCAAAGAACUUUGCCUGGUCGAAAUAUUAUUCUGGGAGGGCUUCUGGAGGCCACGUUCAACUGCGCUGCUGCCGACGGGGAUAGACUGGUCAUCUGCACAGAUACAGGCGAGGUCUGCAUUUUAGAGGGUGACGACAAGCAGACCAAAAUAAUCAGUAUCCUGAGUCUGGACUUCUUUAUAUCGACAAUUGAAAUUCGAGGCGACGUUGCGUAUGUUGGGGGCAGAGACGGCAACUUUGCCAAAAUUGAUGUCACCAGGUUGAUGGACGGAAGCAAGGACUGUGUUAUUGGUACCUCGCAGAACUCGACGGGAUUGGCUGCUUUGGGCUUUACUACGAACAACUCCGUCACCGUUGACGCAAAAGGAUCAAUUGACGUCUGGGACUUGGAUUACAUACCCGGUCAAGCGGAUAGCCCACCAUAUCACAUUCACAUUCCAGGCCAAGGAGAGCCUGUCGCUGGCGUCUACCCCAUGCAUAGGCCAAACGAAAUGCAAGCGGCGUUCUUGACGUGGUCGAAUUCGGGCAUGGUAACCUUCUGGGAUUUGGAUGGCCAGAUGAAAAAGUCGAUCGGUAUUCCACUGGAUAUUUUGAGCGCGCCAGACACCAAUGUAGAGUCUGUAAACCAGUUGGCUUGUGUCAAGAUCUCAAAAAGCGGACGUCUCUUGGUUACAGCUGAUCGGUUGGGAGUAUUGAGAGUCACAGAUACUUCCACGGAAGAAUGCAUACUCGAUACUAAAGCUCAUUCAGCUGAUUGUACAGGCAUCAGCCUGUAUGAAGAGGAGGAGAAAUUUCUGAUGGCUUGUUGCGGUAGGGACCGCACAGCACAGCUAUUCCACCGCACAUCUAGCGGAAAUAUCGAGCAUUUUCAAACUAUCGAAUAUGCUGCCAGGGUCGUUCAGGUGCUCAUCCUCUCACUUGACAAGAUAGUCACUUGUGCAUGGGAUCGAACGAUGCAGAUUCACGAUUUAGUCACAAAGGAAGGCAGCCCCGAUGCAAUCGCGGCCAUUUCUGCGAGAGUCGUCACUUUGAAAGCAUCGCCAACUUCCAUGACUGCAAGCUUGGAUAACAGGACAAUGUUUGUUUCCAUGUUGGACCGAUCAAUCUGUCAGUAUGACCUCAGGACGGGGCGGCCAAUUAACUGCUUCAAAUGUAUGGAUGAGACUGGGAUAGAAUCAGCAGUCCUUGAAUCCCUCUCUGUCGAACAAGGCUCUCCUAGAGAUUCUGACUUUCUCUUGGGCGCAUCCAACACUGAUAAAUCCAUACGUCUAUACGACGCUAUUUCUGGCACAUUCUUGGAUCGAGAAUGGGGGCAUACCGAGGCGAUCAAUGGAGUCUCCUUGGUUGAAGACAGUGAUGAGGGCAGAAAGGUUGUGAGCGUCGCGGCUGAUGGGACAAUCAUGAUUUGGUCUCUGGAUGUGCACGAGCGACUGAGUAGAGAGCCGUCGCCUGCGAGAGAUGCCACUUCUAACAGACCAACUCUGCGAAAAGUCUUAUCAAAAGCCGAAUUAGCAGAAUUCCAACGCCCGCGCGAAGUCUCAGGAGGACGACGUUCAAUAACACCACCGCCGCCGUCACAAUCUCGGACGUUGCGUAAGCGCACUUCUCGACUCAAUCUAUCUACUACUGCCAGCGCCAAGACGCCUUCUGAGACGCAGCCCGCCAGCCCUAGGAGCGCCAGGGUCAUGGACGACACUCCGUCGCGCCGAAAAGGCAUGGGGACCAAUGCUAACAGCCCCCCACUCAGCCCAAGGUCGCGACUAUCUCGCAGACCUUCGCUACCAGUCUUGAACGACCGCAUGGCGCGCAAGAAGAAUUCGACACCGAAUCUACGUGGGACCAGCUCAUUGAACGCGGCGACAGAACAGACUUGCCGCACUCUCAGGGCAUACAGGAAGAAGUUAUCGUCUGCAGAGCCUAUCAACCCAGAAGCCCUGACCGAACUAGACCAAGAGCUGCGGUUCACUGCAGCUGCACUAGGCGAUCGUGCAAUCAGAAGCAGAGCGAUGGACGAGACCGUCCUAAGUGGGCUCUUGGACCAAUAUUCCGAAAGACUUGUCACGUUGUUGGACGAAAAGCUACGCCUCUCUAGUCAGCCGAUUGAACGGGACGCAGAGGUGUCGAGCGAAGACCGUCGCGGCAGCACAGACGAAACAUCAAGCACUACAUCGUAA